AAUUUCAUUUUUUGUAGGUAUCUGAAUGCAAGAAUUUCUGACAUUUUACAUACUUCUCACACUGUGCGCAAGUGCUCUUGGAGCAGCACCUCGCACCACAUUCCUUGAAGAUGUCUCCCCCGAAGCAAAGGCAGAAUACUUGCAGCUGUCGAAGAGAAAAGAUCUAAGUCGAUCUGAGCUCAAGAAGAUGCAACGAAAGUGGGGAAAAGAUCAUGAAGUAAAGGACAAAGUCGAUGCAUAUCUCAUUGAAAAGGAAAAAUACGACAAAAUAGUGCACGACAAAUUUGCUUCACUGCUGGAGCGAUUACCAAAGUUGGGCAAGGAAUUCCUGGAAUUGAAAGAAAAUCAAGAUCUGUCUCGCGAGGAAACAAAUUAUAAGUUCAAAAUAAUGAUAUCUGAGAAUUACCUGGAGUACAAAAUGUUGAGCUAUGCUUGGAAAAAGUUGAGAAAAGGUGAAGACAAACCGAAGAAAGGCUCCAGAAAAAGGAAAGUGACAAAGAAAGGUUUGAUAGAAAGAUCAAGAAAUCCCGUGAUAUGAAGUGUAUGCAAACAUCUAUCUGCACUUCUUUCGAAUUGUAGUAGCAUGCUUCCAAUAAAAAAAUAAAUGCAG